ACUGAGACUGAUACCAGCUAUGUUAAACUCAUUCCUGAAAAGCCACUGAGUCUUUCAGCUUUUACUCUCUGCAUGCGUGUCGCGACGGAGCUCCCGGGCCAGAGAGAGAUCAUUCUGUUCGCCUACCGUGUGCCAAAGGUUGAUGAACUCAAUGUGUGGAGAGAGAAAGACGGUCGCGUGUCCUUAUAUAUUCAGUCUAGUAGCAAUGCAACUUUUCCGUCUGCCUCCUCUCUCCACUUUCCAGACCCAUCUGUGCAUCACCUGGGAAUCUGAGACUGGUCUUACUGCCUUCUGGGUAGAUGGACGUCGUAGUUUGUUCCAGUUCUAUAGAAGAGGUCACUUAAUUCAUCCUGGUGGCAUCGUCCUGCUCGGUCAAGAUGCUGAUAGAUUUGUGGGUGGCUUUGACGCAAGUCAGAGCUUUGUAGGAGAAAUUACAGAUGUGCACAUGUGGGAUCAUGUUCUCUCCAGCAGUCAGGUUAAGGCAGUUUAUUCAAACCAGGAACCGUAUGUGCCGAAGGGAAAUGUGUUCGACUGGGACACCAUCAAAUAUGAUAUAACUGUGGGUCUCAGUGGUAAAGUGCUUCUGUUUCCAACCGAGACCGACUCCAGUUAUGUUAAACUCACUCCUGAAAAGCCACUGAGUCUUUCAGCUUUUACUCUGUGCAUGCGUGUCGCAACGGAGCUCCAGGGCCAGAGGGAGAUCGUUCUGUUCGCCUACCGCACACAGAAUCAUGACGAGCUCAACGUGUGGAGAGAGAAAGACGGCCUUUUCUCCUUAUACCUCGGUGGCGUCGCAGUGUUUUUCUACCUGCCUCCUCUCUCCACCUUCCAGACCCAUGUGUGCGUCACCUGGGAAUCUGCGACUGGUCUUUCUGCCUUCUGGGUGGAUGGACGUCGCAGUUCAUACAAGCUGUUUAAAAAAGGUCACUCAGUUCAACCUGGUGGCACCGUCCUGCUCGGUCAAGACCCUGAUAACUACCUGGGAGGCUUUGAUAAGAAUCAGAGCUUUGUAGGAGAAAUUACAGAUGUGCACAUGUGGGAUCAAGUUCUCUCUGGCAGUCAGAUUAGAGCAGUUUAUUCAAACCAGGAACUGUCUGUGCCGAUGGGAAAUGUGUUCUACUGGAACACCAUCAAAUAUGAGAUUAAUGGAAAUGUACUAGUGGUGAAAGAUAACUGAUUCUGAUCAGGUGUAAUGUCAUACAUUUGUGUCAACCUCUGUGACCUCUUCAUCUGUUUUAAUGAUUUACAAAGCUGUAUGGGCUAACAAAUAAAUUGUUUCCUCAGCAUUA